AUGCAUUGUGAAGUGAAUGAAGCUGAAAAAGAAAGAAUAGAAAGUGAGCAGUACCAUGAGAAAACCACAAAAGUCUUUAAGGAGGCUGAAGAGAGUGUUCAACAAUUACAAAAAGAACUGAAACGCUCAAUUAGCAAAUCAAAACCUUACUUUGAAAUGAAAGUGAAGUUUAAUCAGCUGAUGGAUGAACAAAAGCAACGGGUGAGCCAUCUUGAAGCUGAAGUAAUCAAUGCAAAGGCUGCAUAUGCAGAAGCGUUACGUAACUUAGAAUCAAUCAGUGAUGAAAUCCAUGAACGUCGUUUGGAGAAACGCAAACAUAUUCAGCUUGGUGUGCGUAGUGCAGGGGUUGGAUCUGAAACGCCUUCUCCUCCUCCAAGCCAUGAAAAGGAGGCAGAGAUGGGUGAUGGCACAGUUGUUCCACACAUCAGCACUUGUACAUACAGCUCCAAUGUGCUGACUACACCCACCACCUACCAACAAAGUUGCAGUAAAGAACAAAUCACAUUCUCUGUGACAACCACCUCUCCAACAACCAUUGAAUUGGACUUUGAUACUAGCCAAUCUAAAGACAAUUGUGAUGAAUCUGAAGGCUCUUUUGUGGCUCCAUCUGUAAUUUUUAGUUCACCUGAGCAGGCACGGCGCCUCAGUUACAGGCAGGCCAUUGAGUGCAAUACAGCAGUUUCUCCAAGUGUCACAUCAGAAAGCAUAAGUCCAACUGAUUUUGAUGAGGAUUUUGAUGCCCCAAAGCAUACUUACAUGCCUCAACCCACCAUUGUUACUAAUACCACCACCACCACUACAACAACAAAUCAUGUGCCCUACCAUCAGGACAACCAAGUGGCUGUCACAGAAGUUACUGCAGUCUCUGAAAAGCGACCUAUGCUCCGGAUACCCAGUCGUUGGUGGAAUAGUCGCGGACAGUGCUCACCGGGGAGUGUAGGGGGAGGACAUGGUCGUUCACAGCGCUCUCUUCUCCUUCGUCGCCUUGCCUCUUCGUUCUCCUCCCUCCUUUCCUUGAAGUCCGCGAUACCAUUGCGUAUUGAUCUCCUCCACGUUGUUCGGUCCCUGGCAAUUUCGUCCCACGCGGACCAGCUUAUGUUGGUCGUUGUAGCGCAUUUUGGGUGCUCCUCGUAG